AUGACCAUAAGUCCUUAUGACCAUAUGGCAAUGACCAUAUGUCCUAUGACCAAAUGUCUUAUGACCAUUAGUCCCAACACCGGCAUGGAGAAACAUAUGGAAGAAUUUCAAAAUAGACAGUUGCUGGUUAUUGCCAAAGAAAAGCUAACGUUUACAGUAAUUUUCAUUACCGUCACCAUGGAGGAGAUUUGCGCAGCAAAUAACCAGUUUGGCCUUGAUAUUGUGAGGGGAUUAAAUUUGAAUGAGAAUUUGAUAUUGUCAUCAUUCAGUAUCAUGACCUCAUUGUAUAUGGUCUAUUUUGGAGCCAGAGGUAACACUGCUUCACAGAUGAAACAGGCACUUCAUUUUGAGAAUAUUACAGAUGUUCAUUCUGGAUUUAAAGAACUCUUAGCUGUAAUGAAUGGGUCGUCUUCCUACACACUUAAUAUUGUAAACAGAUUUUUUGGAGAACAGACUUUGGACUUCAUGGAGGCAUAUUUAGAAGGCUCUAGACAAUGGUAUAAUUCAGAACUAAAAAAGGUUGACUUUCGGGAUAAUCCAGAGCCUACACGUCAGUACAUUAAUAACUGGAUUGAAGAACAGACAAGAGGUAAAAUUCAAAAUCUACUGCCAGAAAAUUCAGUUAACUCUGACACUCAACUUGUUAUUGCAAACGUGAUAUAUUUGUUGGCAAACUGGACACAUCGUUUUCCAGAAUGCGGAACUUAUAAUGAAUCUUUUACUUUGAGCAAUAAUGAAGAAGUCAUUGUAGAAAUGAUGUCUACAACCAGUGAUUUUAAUUAUCUUAACACAAGUGUAAAUGGACAAAAUGCACAGAUUCUUGAACUUCCUUAUGGAGAUGAUUCAAACCUCAGUAUGUUCAUAAUACUUCCUGAUGCAGGCACCAAUUUAGCAAUGCUUGAAGAAAACUUUUCACUUGAAACAAUUAUGGACUGGACAAACUCAGAGCACAUGGAAAAUACAAUAGUAAAUGUGCAACUUCCUAGAUUCAGAGUUGAAAACAGCAUUUCUCUAAAUGAUGUACUACCAAGCCUGGGAAUGGGGGAAUUAUUCGCUCCGGGUGCAAAUCUCUCAGGAAUUGCAAGUGGUGAUUUCUAUGUGUCAGGAUUACAUCACAGGGCAUAUGUGAAUAUUGAUGAAGAUGGAACGGAAGCAGCGGCUGUUACUGCUGUUACAGUUUCAGUAACAAGUAUUGGCCCAACUCCUAUCCAGUUUAAAGCAAAUCACCCUUUUUUCUUCACAAUACAGCACAAAGCUACUAAAUGUAUUCUGUUCUACGGAAGACUAAUAUCACCUUGAGAUGAAUUCUUUUCUCAUUUGUUGUAUUGUUGACAUUAUUAACUGUACUCAUUUUCAUCUUCUGAUCAUAUUUUACAAAAUUUGAAAAGCUUAUGUAUUACAAGAAUAUUAAUCUGUACUUAUUACGAAGAGUUUGAAUAAAAGCUAUGCAUAACA